UAUUAAAGUCAAACGCACGUCUCUUUAGAACAACAGGAAAAGCAAAAGAAAACCAAACAAUCUUACAAACAAAGGAAGAGAGCUUCAGUUUGGAUGCUGUUGGAGACACCAAAACAAAAGUGCAACCAAUCAAACCAUUUCCUGUUUCUUCUGCUGUUCUGUUCAUCUCACACACCACAAUGGAAAACCCAACACCAACAUCCUCAGAUUCUCUCACUUCCACCCUUUGCAACUCAAUCCAAGCUCUGGGGCGUGGCUUUGAUGUCACCUCUGAUUUUCGGCUUCUAUAUUGCAAAGGGGCACCUGGCUCUAGGCUUGUUCACCUUGAUGAGGACCGUGUCACCGAUCUUGUUCUCCCUCAUGGUAUUGUUCUUCCAAAUGUCUCUUCUGACAUUCGUUGCUUCCCAGGGAAGAGUUCCAUGGAGAAGAUCCCUGUAUGCAGCUUCCCUGAGAUGGCAAAAUGUUUCAAUGAGAAGUCAGGCCUAGCAGAACAGAUUCCACUUGGAAGCUUCAAUUCUAUGUUCAAUUUUACUGGAUCCUGCACAGUUGAUUCAGCAGCCACAAAAUCCCUUGCGAUGGUUGGGCAUUUCAUUCCUCUGUUUGAAGUUAAACUCACCAAUCUGAAUUUAGUCUUGAAGGAAGAAAUUAAGCAUUCUGUUCCUCACUAUUGGGAUCCAGCAUCCUUGGCUAGUUUUAUUGAAAAUUAUGGUACACAUAUUGUUACAUCAGCAACAAUUGGUGGGAGAGAUGUCAUAUAUGUCAGGCAGCACCAAUCAUCUAGUUUGUCGCCCUCAGACAUUGAGAAUUACAUAAAGGACAUUGGAGAUGAUAGGUUUCAUGAUGGCCAAAAUGUAUCUGGUCCCGGUCCUUUAAAAUACAAGGAGAAGGAUGUCACUGUCAUUUUUAGGAGGAGAGGUGGGAAUGAUCUUGAGCAAAAUCACUCUAAAUGGGUGGAGACCGUAAAACUCGCACCAGAUAUCAUUAACAUGACAUUCACACCCGUGGUUUCUCUUCUUCAAGGAGUACCUGGUGUUAAGCAUUUGGAUCGUGCCAUUGAUUUAUAUCUCAAAUACAAACCUCCCAUUGAAGAUCUACAGUAUUUCUUGGAUUUUCAAAUAGCUCGAGUGUGGGCACCUGAGCAGACCAAUCUACAAAGAAAGGAGCCUGUCUGUCCUUCCCUCCAGUUCAGCUUGAUGGGACCAAAACUUUUUGUUAGUUCAGAUCAGGUAACAGUUGGACGCAAGCCUGUGACUGGGCUAAAACUUGGUCUAGAAGGCAACAAACAGAACCGGCUUGCAAUUCAUUUGCAGCAUUUAGUCUCCCUCCCGAAAAACCUCGUACCUCACUGGGAUGCACACGUGGCGAUAGGCGCUCCUAAGUGGCAGGGUCCCGAGGAGCAAGACAGCCGUUGGUUUGAGCCAAUCAAAUGGAAGAACUUCUCCCAUGUAAGCACUGCACCAAUUGAGUACACUGAAACUAGUAUUGGUGACCUCUCUGGUGUCCACAUUGUCACUGGGGCUCAGCUUGGUGUGUGGGACUUUGGUGCCAAAAAUGUGUUACACCUCAAACUUCUUUUCUCCAAAGUACCAGGGUGCACGAUAAGGCGGUCUGUAUGGGAUCAUAACCCUUCCACUCCUGGCUCAUCAUCAUCAUCAUCAUCGACAAAGAAAGCCUCUGAUGACAAAAAGGAGGAUAGUUCAAGCCACAUUGGGAAACUGGCAAAAAUUGUGGACAUGACAGAAAUGUCUAAAGGUCCUCAAGAUAUUCCUGGCCAUUGGUUAGUCACAGGGGCUAAGCUUGGAGUGGAAAAAGGGAAAAUUGUACUGAGGAUAAAGUACUCUUUGCUUAACUACUGAUUGGUUUUCUUCUUUUAUUGUUUUGUUAUUUCUUCCCCCCUAUUCAGUAGAAACUAUAGUCUAGCAUUCUUUUGCACAGAAAAUCUUUUGAAUUACUUUUUAAGUAGAUUUUAUUUGUUAGUCAGCUUAGUUGAGGGUCAUAUGUGUUCUAUACUUUGAAUUCAAUUUUGUUUAUUUAUUGUACAAGUGAUAUUGUUGGCAGAUGUUGACCUAUUGUUCUUAUAUGUUAUACGUUUCUUGCCUGA